AUGCGCCCACAUUUUGAAGGGACACAUUGACGCUCAAGCACCAUCAUCCCCUUGAACGCUAGUGAAAGUUGGGCUUUCACGUCAUUUUUACCGCAGCAUCUUUGUCCUCUUCUGACGCUCAUCCUUGGAGCCUCAUCAACCCUCUCUUCAACCUCAAGUGCCAACACUGAACGCCAGCCCGACAAAGCGUUCAUGACCUCGACUCCUUCCGGUACCGGGACACCCCCUCCAACGGCACAAGGAGGUCAGGCGAAAGCUGAAAAACCGACUUUAAGCGGCACGCGUAUCAAGCAAAGAAAAGGUGUUGUCAAGAGUCAGGCCAAGUUCGAGCCCGAAGCAUUCCGCGACGCGGUUUACAAGUACUUUGAUGGUGUCUCCGCUACCGACGACUGGGAUGGCUAUGCUGCUGCCCUAGACAAGGCGGGCAACACCCUCGACUAUCGCAAGUAUAGCGAUCAGUUGUUCGAGAUCUUGAUCGCUGGUAACCUGCUCGCUCCUGGCGGUAGCCCACUUGACGAUGCGCCAAGCAGCCCUUUCAGCGUCUUCGCUGCGAAGAGUGGAUCGCCAGCUGAUGUGAAGCCCAUCAUCACCACGCUUGACAAGGUCAUUCGUAGAUACAAGUUUUUGCAGAAGCCCUUGGACGAGCACUCGAUCAAGUAUUUGCUUCAGUACAUUGGUCGCUUCGAUGCUGGUCAGCGCGAACGCUUGGCUACGGCCACUGCCUUCCUCAUUCAGAUGAGCUUAGUGUCGGCCAGCUGCCUUCUGGUGCUGCAGAAGGACAAUCUGACCAAAGAUGAAGUAGCUUUGAACUUCAUCAUCAAUGUCUUCAAGGCUUACUUGGCAGAAGGCAGCAUCGAUACUCUCAGUACCAGUCUGCGCAAGGGGCGGGUCACAGACGUCCUGCCCUUCUUUCCUCAGACGAAGCGCUCUCAGGCCAACAUCGUCACUAGCACCUUCAGCUCUGCUGGUCUCACUGGUGUCGCUAACUUCUAUGCCAAGUUGGCAGCCCGAGAUGCUCGUGAGGCGGUCAUCCGUCGCCUACACGAGCUGCGCGAGAAUUUGGACGUCGUGCAAGAGCCUGUCGACGGUGCUGCCGAGGAGUCCAAUCCUCGCGUAGAUGAGAUCGUCGACUACUUGAACGAGAGCGGUCUUCCCGCCGAGGAACGUAUCGCCACGGCGUGGGAAGGUCUUAUGAAAGAUCAAGACCCCAACUUUGUCAAGCACGUCACACCAGUCUUUGCUGCUAUCGUCAAGGGCCCUCGCAACGAACUCGCCUUGAUCAAUGCAGCUCAGACUCAUGUCAGUGCGUUGGGUGACCAGGCCAGCAUGAAGACCUUCCCUGGCUUUUUGAAGCUAUGGUACAACGAAGAUGUCGUGAGCGACUCGGCAAUCAUUUUCUGGCACACCAAAGGCCACAAAACAACACAAGGCUACCAAGCCGUGCUGCAAGUCGCUGCGCCUCUGGUCAAGUAUCUCCAAGAGCAGGAGGAGGAGGAUGACUAGGAGUGAACCUUCUGCUCUCUCUCUACUCUGACGGCUCAGCAUCCCAAGAUGCUUAGAGCGUGGCCGCCAAGUGAAAUUCAAAUGGCUCUGCAAAGCAGAGUGGGCUUUUCCCUUGAAAUACCACGCGUGUGCCAAUGGAAGUGCGAAGCAAACCGCGAAAUCGUCGAGCAAACGAAUUUACCGCAGCGCACUGACUUUGGGAAUUCUUGAAAGGAGGUUUUACAUUACAACAACGAGCAAUCGAUGCGUGGACAGUAAGCAUUUUUGAAUGUGCGCGCGGCCAGCGGCGAUGCGAAAAAGUCUACGA